UCGUUAUUUACCUAGUAAACGUUCGGUAGUUAAAAGAAAGUUCUAUAAUUUAAAUAAAAUAUAUUAUUGUAUAAUGUACAAAGCUCAAAGUGCUUUGUUGUUGCUAACCCUGGGUGUUGGGCUAUCAUUGGCUGUGGAUAUUUGCGAGCUCCAAAUGAAUGGUGUACGUUUGGCCCAUCCAGCAGACUGUAAUAAAUUUGUGCUAUGCGAAAAUGGCGUAACCGAUAGUAUUAUGAGUUGCCCAAUAGGAUUGUAUUUUAAUCGUUUCAAGGGAGAGUGUGAUAAAAGAGGACGUGCGGCCUGCGAUAUGCAGUAUGUAGAUUUGGUUAGUGAAAACACGGAUUGUUCAGUUUGUUGUGCUCAUUUUGGUUGCAAUUCGUAUCCAACACCUGGUACUGAAGAAACUCCGACACGUGGUGUACGUGCUGCACGUGCAGCUACUGCUGCCACACCAGCAACUCCUGCUACACCAGCAACUCCUGCUACACCAGCUACUCCUGCUACACCAGCAACCCGUGCUGCACGUGCUGUACGUGCAACUCCUGCUACACCAGCAACUCCAGCUACACCAGCUACUGCUGCUACACCAGCAACACCUGCUACACCAGCUACUGCUGCUACACCAGCAACACCUGCUACACCAGCUACACCUGCUACACCAGCUACAGCUGCUACACCAGCUACUGCUGCUACACCAGCAACUCCUGCUACAGCAGCAACUCCUGCUACACCAGCUACUGCUGCCACACCAGCAACUCCUGCUACACCAGCAACCCGUGCUGCACGUGCUGUACGUGCAACUCCAGCUACUCCAGCUACACCAGCUACUGCUGCUACACCAGCUACUGCUGCUACACCAGCUACUGCUGCUACACCAGCUACUGCUGCUACACCAGCUACAGCAGCAACUCCUGCUACUCCUGCUACACCAGCAACCCGUGCUGCACGUGCUGUACGUGCAACUCCAGCUACACCAGCAACUCCAGCUACACCAGCAACUCCUGCUACACCAGCUACUGCUGCCACACCAGCAACCCGUGCUGCACGUGCUGUACGUGCAACUCCAGCUACACCAGCAACUCCAGCUACACCAGCAACUCCUGCUACACCAGCUACUGCUGCCACACCAGCAACCCGUGCUGCACGUGCUGUACGUGCAACUCCAGCUACACCAGCAACUCCUGCUACACCAGCAACCCGUGCUGCACGUGCUGUACGUGCAACUCCAGCUACACCAGCUACUGCUGCUACACCAGCUACUGCUGCUACACCAGCUACUGCUGCUACACCAGCAACUCCUGCUACACCAGCAAACCGUUCUGCUCGUGCUGUACGUGCAACUCCUGCCACACCAGCAACUCCUGCUACACCAGCUACUGCUGCCACACCAGCAACUCCUGCCACACCAGCAACUCCUGCUACACCAGCAACCCCUGCUGCUCGUGCAACUCGUAGUGUAACUGGCAAUGGAAACGGUAACGAUAAUGGCAACAACAACGACAACGCAAACGAUUUAAAUGUUAUUUGCGCUAACAACAUUCAAAUCUGUAACAAUGAAACCAAAGGCUCAGUAUUCCCCAUUGACGGUGUCAGUAAUAAAUACUACAAAUGCAAUUAUGGCUGUGCUGUCGAAUUUCUCUGUGCCAAUAAUCGCGUUUACAAUCCCUCCUCCGAAAUCUGUGACCUUCCACAUUAUUCUCAAAGUGCUUUGUUGUUGCUAUCUCUGGGUGUUGGGCUAUCAUUGGCUGUGGAUAUUUGCGAACACCAAAUGAAUGGUGUACUUUUGGCCCAUCCAGCAGACUGUAAUAAAUUUGUGCUAUGCGAAAAUGGCAUAACCGAUAGUAUUAUGAGUUGUCCAAUAGGCUUGCACUUUAAUCGUUUCAAAGGAGAGUGUGAUAUCAGAGAACGUGCAGCCUGCGAUAUGCAAUAUGUAAAUUGGGUAAGCGAAGCCACAGAUUGCUCAGAAUGUUGUGAUCUUUAUGGUUGCAACUUGUAUCCAACACCUGGUACUCCAGAAACUCCUGCAUGUGACACACCUGCUACACCAGGAACUCCUGGUACACCAGCAACUCCUGCUACACCUGCCACGCCUGCUACACCAGCAACUCCUGCUACACCAGCAACUCCUAUUACACCAGCAACUCCAGAUACACCAGCAACUCCUGAUACACCUGUCACGCCUGCAACCCCUGCUACUCCUGCAACACCAGCAACUCCUGUUACACCAGCAACUCCAGCUACACCAGCAACUCCUGCUACACCAGCAACUCCAGAUACACCAGCAACUCCUGAUACACCUGCCACGCCUGCAACCCCUGCUACUCCUGCUACACCAGCAACUCCUGCUACACCAGCAACCCCUGACCACAACAAUUGUCCUAACAACUUGACAAUUUGUAUUGAUAAACCUGACGGUAGUGUUUCGUAUGUCAAUGGCACCUGCAAUCAAUAUAUUGUUUGUGUAGGCGAGUGUGCCAAUAUUAUGAACUGUCCCAAUAACUUGCAAUAUAAUCUUACAACCCACAUCUGUGAUUAUCCCCAAAAUGUAGAUUGCCCCUGGCAAUCAAAACCACCUACAACUGGACCCUCGGGUGUAGCAUGUGCCCAGCCCGGCAAAUGUGCUGGUCAGCCAGAUGGCAAAAUGUUUGCUGAUUCUAAGGGCAAUGGUUAUAUUGUGUGUCAGUGCGAGUGUGAGAUUGAAAGACCCUGUCCAGCUGGUACUAAGUUUGUGGAGGAGCUGUUAACUUGUGAUCAUAUAAAUGAGGGAGACAAUGGAAGUGGAAACGGCAAUGGAAGCGGUAAUGGAAACGGUAAUGGAAACGGUAGUGGAAACGGCAAUGGAAACGAUAAUGACAAUGGUAGCGGAAAUGGAAACGGUACUGGAACUGGUAGUGGAAACGGCAAUGGAAACGAUAAUGGAAACGGCAAUGGAAACGGUAGUGGAAACGACAAUGGAAACGACAAUGGAAGUGGUAGCGGAAAUGGAAACGGUACUGGAACUGGUAGUGGAAACGGCAAUGGAAACGAUAAUGGAAACGGCAAUGGAAACGGAAAUGGUAAUGAAAGUGGUAGUGGUAGUGGAAACGGUAAUGGUAAUGAAAGUGGUAGUGGCAACGGCAAUGGAAACAAUAAUGGAAGUGGUAGUGGGAACGAAAACGGAAACGGUAAUGAAACUGGUAAUGGUAAUAACACUGGUAGUGGAAAUGACAAUAGCAACAAUAACGGCAACGGAACCAUAUCAAACGUUGUUUGCUCUAACAACAUUCAGAUCUGUAAAAAUGAAACCGAGGGCUCACUUUUCCCCGUUGACGGUGUCUGCAAUAAAUUCUACAAAUGCAAUUACGGCUGUGCUGUCGAAAUUCUCUGUCCCAAUAAUCUCGUUUACAAUCCCUCUUCCGAAAUCUGUGACUAUCCACAAAACUACAAAUGUCCUUGGGCACAUACACCACCAUCGGGACCCUCAGCCGGGCCAUCGGGCAUUGCUUGUCCCAGUGGAGGACGUUGUGUGGGUGAAAAGGAGGGUACUUUCUUUCCAUCGCUAACAAGCUGCUCCAAAUAUGUUGUGUGUCAGUGCGAGUGUGAAGUUGAAAUGAAUUGUUCCAAUGGUUUACAGUGGGACCAUACAUUAUUAACAUGUAAUUAUGCAGCAAAUGUAAAGUGUGAUUUGAUAUUGGAGAUUAAUAUUGUCAGCGCUGUUUUGCUGUUGCUGAACCUAAGCAUUGCCUUAGGCAAUAGCAUUGACAUAGCCUCGCCUGAAAUCAAGUGUUCUAAUAACUUGAAAGUUUGUGUUGGUAAACCUGAUGGUAGUGAUUCACAUAUCGAUGGCAAUUGCAAUCAAUAUGUUGUUUGUGUAGGCGAGUGUGCCAAUAUUAUGAACUGCCCCAAUAACUUGCAAUAUAAUCUUUCAACCCACAUCUGUGAUUAUCCCCAAAAUGUAAAUUGUCCCUGGCAAUCAAAACCACCUACAACUGGACCUUCGGGUGUAACAUGUGCCCAGCCGGGCAAGUGUGUUGGUCAACCAGAUGGCCAAAUGUUUGCUGAUCCUAAGGGCAAUGGUUAUAUUGUGUGUCAGUGCGAGUGUGAGAUUGAAAGACCCUGUCCCGCUGGUACUAAGUUUGAUGAAAACCAACAUACCUGUGCACAAACGAAUGAGGCUGGCAAUGGAAGUGGAAAUGGAAAUUGUGCUUCGGGUGUUACAUGUGCCAAGCCCGGCAAGUGUGCUGGUCAACCAGAUGGCACAAUCUUUGCUGAUUCCAAGAGCAAUGGCUAUAUAGUAUGCCAGUGUGAAUGUGAGGUAAAAGAGACCUGUCCCGCUGGUACUAAAUUUGAUGAGAGUCAGCUUACUUGUGUAGCCGUGAAUGAAGGUGGAAAUUGUGCUUCGGGUGUUACAUGUGCCAAGCCCGGCAAGUGUGCUGGUCAACCAGAUGGCACAAUCUUUGCAGAUUCCAAGAACAAUGGUUAUAUUGUAUGUCAGUGUGAAUGUGAGAUAAAAGAGACCUGUCCCGCUGGUACUAAAUUUGAUGAGAGUCAGCUUACUUGCGUAGCUGUGAAUGAAGGUGGAAAUUGUGCUUCGGGUGUGACAUGUGCGAAGCCCGGCAAGUGUGCUGGUCAACCAGAUGGCACAAUCUUUGCUGAUUCCAAGAGCAAUGGCUAUAUAGUAUGCCAGUGUGAAUGUGAGGUAAAAGAGACCUGUCCCGCUGGUACUAAAUUUGAUGAAAGUCAGCUUACUUGUGUAGCCGUGAAUGAAGGUGGAAAUUGUGCUUCGGGUGUUACAUGUGCCAAGCCCGGCAAGUGUGCUGGUCAACCAGAUGGCACAAUCUUUGCUGAUUCCAAAGGCAAUGGUUAUAUUGUAUGCCAGUGUGAAUGUGAGAUAAAAGAGACCUGUCCCGCUGGUACUAAAUUUGAUGAAAGUCAGCUUACUUGUGUAGCCGUGAAUGAAGGUGGAAAUUGUGCUUCGGGUGUUACAUGUGCCAAGCCCGGCAAGUGUGCUGGUCAACCAGAUGGCACAAUCUUUGCUGAUUCCAAAGGCAAUGGUUAUAUUGUAUGCCAAUGUGAAUGUGAGAUAAAAGAGACCUGUCCCGCUGGUUCUAAAUUUGAUCCGCAAUUAUUAAUUUGUGUCCAUGGUGAUGGUAAUGGAAAUGGUAAUGGAAGUGGCAAUGGAACUUGUUCUAAUAACUUGAACGUUUGUGCUGGUAAACCUGAUGGUAGUGUUUCGCAUGUCGAUGGCACCUGUAAUCAAUAUAUUGUUUGUGUAGGCGAGUGUGCCAAUAUUAUGACCUGCCCCAAUAACUUGCAAUAUAAUCUUUCAACCCACAUCUGUGAUUAUCCCGAAAGAGUAGAUUGUCCCUGGCAAUCAACACCACCUACAACUGGACCCUCGGGUGUAGCAUGUGCCCAGCCCGGCAAAUGUGCUGGUCAGCCAGAUGGCAAAAUGUUUGCUGAUUCUAAGAGCAAUGGUUAUAUUGUGUGUCAGUGUGAGUGUGAGAUUGAAAGACCCUGUCCAGCUGGUACUAAGUUUGUGGAGGAGCUGUUAACUUGUGCUCGUGUGAAUGAAGGAGAUAAUGGAAGUGGAAACGGCAAUGGAAACGGUAGUGGAAAUGGUAGUGAAAACGGUAGUGGAAAUGGUAGUGGAAACGGUAGUGGAAACGGCAAUGGAAACGGUAGUGGAAACGGUAAUGAAAGUGGUAGCGGAAAUGGAAACGGCAAUGGAAACGAUAAUGGUAGUGGAAACGGUAAUGGCAACAACAACGGAUCCCUACCAAACGUUGUUUGCUCUAACAACAUUCAAAUCUGUAAAAAUGAAGCCGAGGGCACACUAUUCCCCGUUGACGGUGUCUGCAAUAAAUUCUACAAAUGUAAUUACGGCUGUGCUGUCGAAAUCCUCUGUCCCAAUAAUCUCGUUUACAAUCCCUCCUCCGACAUGUGUGACUAUCCACAAAACUACAAAUGUCCUUGGCCACAUACACCACCAUCGGGACCCUCAGCCGGACCAUCGGGUAUUGCUUGUCCCAGUGGAGGACGUUGUGUGGGUCAAAACGAGGGUACUUUCUUUCCAUCGCUAACAAGCUGCUCCAAAUAUGUUGUGUGUCAGUGCGAGUGUGAAGUUGAAAUGAAUUGUUCCCAGGGUUUACAGUGGGACAAUAAAUUACUAACAUGUAAUUAUCCAGCAAAUGUAAAGUGUGAUUUGGCUUAAAAUAUGUAUUAUGGAAUGUAUAUUAUUAAUAAAGAAAUGUAAUUUAUUCAAAUGAA